AGCAGGAGCAGAGUGCAGCAAAGCCCAAGUGUUUGCUCUGUCUCAGUGCCCAUACUGCCUGCCCAACCACCCACUGGCCCGACAAGGUGCCUUGGCUCAUUGGUCCUGGCUGCUCCGCCCAACAGGUGUUGUGCCUGAGUGGGACAAAAGCUUGAGGGAGGCCCUUGAGCAGAGACAGGAGACCUCGGGGUGUUUCUUACUCCAGCUGCAGCUCCAGAUUUGGGCUCCGACUCUUCAGGAAAUGGGCCAGAGGAUAGCCUGCUGGACCCAGAACAGGACCCUUGGCCAGUGUGGUGAAGUCCGUGGAUCCCUUCUCAGAAUCAUGGAGUUGUUGUUGUUGUUGCUUUAAAUUCAGAAUUCAAGAAAAUAUUAAAUAUCCUUUAGAGGUGAUUCAAAGGACAAGCAUCUCCUGCAGCCUGUGUCGGUGACUCGGACAGCAUGAACUGGGCAUUCCUCCAGGGCCUCCUGAGUGGGGUCAACAAGUAUUCAACCAUUCUUGGCCGCGUCUGGCUGUCGGUGGUACUGAUAUUUCGAGUACUGGUGUACGUCGUAGCAGCAGAGGAAGUGUGGGACGAUGACCACAAAGAUUUUGACUGCAAUACUCGGCAGCCAGGCUGCGCCAACGUCUGCUACGACCACAUCUUCCCCAUCUCCCACAUCCGCCUGUGGGCCCUGCAGCUGAUUCUGGUCACAUGCCCCUCGCUGCUUGUGGUCAUGCACAUAGCCUACCGAGAGGAGCGGGAGCGGAGGCACCGCCUGAAGCACGGGCCCCAGGCCAGGCCCCUCUAUUGCAACCCAGGAAAGAAGCGAGGAGGCCUCUGGUGGACCUACUUACUGAGUCUGAUAUUCAAGGCUGGCGUGGAUGCCGGAUUCCUGUAUAUCUUCCAUCGCCUCUAUAACAAUUAUGACAUGCCCCGUGUGGUGCACUGCUCUGUGGACCCCUGCCCCAAUGUGGUAGAUUGCUUCAUCUCUCGGCCCACGGAGAAAAAGAUCUUUUCCUACUUCAUGGUGGCCACAGCUGUUAUCUGCAUUCUGCUCAAUCUGGGGGAGGUGUCCUACCUGGUCUGCAAGAGAUGCCAGGAGCUCCUAGGUUCACAGAACUCGAAGCAUCGGCAGCAUCGGAGGCGUGGCCACCAUGGUCCCUUGGGGUCUUUGCAGGAUGCCUGCCCCCCUUAUGCUCCCUCCCAGGCUUUGCAACAAGGUGACCCCACCAAGGAGGUCACAUUGCCUUGUUGAAGUCUCUUAUUUCAAGCAAGGAUGGAAAGACAGGACAAUCAUAGAAAAACCCUGGUUCUGGAGUUAGAAGACCUGAGUUCUUCUACGCCUUAGUGACUUUGGGCAAGUCCCACCUCUAGUCUUAAGUCUUAUCACCUGUACAAGAUUGGACUAGGUUGUAUCUAAGGUCCUUCCAAAUCCAAAUCUAUGAUCCUAUGAUGCAAUAUUGACAGCAUUACAAGCAUCAUGGCAGGCAGAGAUGGCUGGAGGGAUGAGAGACUGAGCCAUUACCACUUUCUCUCCAGUCAGCUUGGUCAGAGUCCCCUCAUCUGAGGAAAUGUGGUCUUAAGUGAGCAACAGGGCCUUAAGAGGAGUAGAUAGGGUAAAGACAAACUUGCCACCAGCAACAGAUCCCAUCCUUGGAAGGGUACGGGGCCAAAUAACCGAAAAGUUCAGCUUCUGCAUCUCCUUCCCCUUAGGAAUGCUCCCCACCAUGAGCCCCACAAAAGGAGCUAGUGCAAGGUGGAGGGUCACCAUGAAGAGAUGAAGGCUUACUCAGGGGCUGGGUUGGGACCUCAUGUGUAUGCACACCUACAAAAGGAGAAAAUUCUGAAUUAAAGCAUUUUAUAAAGUACUUGGCAAACAGCUCUGGCCUUGGAAAGCAAGUCAAUAAUAUUUAAAUUCACCCCUACCUUCUAGGGGGUAAAGUCCUGGGGAUGUGGGAUAGAGGGAAAGAGAGAUGACAAGGUGGGGAUAACUUCCUACAAUUAAAGAUGUCCACUUCUGGAAAGGGCUGCCUGGAGAAGCAAUCGGUUCUCCCACAAUCACACACUGGAUAUCUUCAAGCAGAGAGUGGAUUGGGUACCAGUUGCUGGGAAAAGGACUCCUAUGCAGGGUCAUUUUAGACAAGAUUGCCUUCAAGGUCCUUCCAACUGUAAGCUUCUAGGGGAGAAAUGAUGUCCCUUUUCUACUCCAGUUUUGGAAAGAGUCUGGAUGAUGUCAUCGCCCUGAGAUGACCAAGUCAAGACUCUCCUUUGGGCCAAGGUGUGCCCCUCUCAGGCCAGCAAAGGACAGAGAAGGUUGAGGAUAUCCCAUCAGCUAGGGGACAGGUCCCAAAUGGCUUCCAAGGCUUUGGCCCAAGAUAGAGUUUAAAGAAGAGAAAAUCUGGGAAAGACAAAAAGACAGAUACCCACACCCACAACCCCUUCCCUCUGCCCAGCUCACUACCCAUCACAGGCUGGGACUUGCCUUACUGCAGAUGACUCAGCCUUGGGUAUGGAAAGGGGCACUUGGGGAGAGACA